AUGUCGAGUGAAUCGCAUCCAGCGGGCAACAACUCCAACGUCGCCGCCGCUGGACCCAACGGUGAUGCAACCGCAGCCAACUCUCGUCGUCAGUCUGCAGUAAGCCUGCCAAAAGGUGCCGCCGCAAACCCGCGUCCCGCCGCUGCCAUCAACUUUGGCUCCGUCCACGACCAGAACGCCAUGCUCUCCUCCUCCCCUGCCGCUCAGCCCAGCUCCGGUCAGCAUCUCCACGGCGAGAAGCCCACCGUCUUUGGCUCCGUAGCCGCACAGGACCCUCAGUCCAAAAAGACCACCAUCGGCUUCGCAGGCGGAAAGCCAGACGCUGCGCCCGCCAACGGCGCCGCUUCCUCCAAGUCCAUGGACUUCCAAAAGCUCUUCCAGGGCUCCGGCUCGCCCGCGCCCUCCCAGGCAGCCGCAUCCAACGCUUCCGGCUCGCCCUCCCCGUCCAACGCCGCUCCUGCAUCCACAGCGCCCUCCACACCGCAGCCCAACUCCGGCUCCCAGUCGCAGCAAGCUGGCCGUCCACAUGCCUCCUCCAACCUCAGGCCACCAGCAGGCACGCCGCACCACCCGGGUGCCAGGCCUUUCGAGCCCCAGCGUUCGCCUUCGGCUCACCAGGCUCAGGGCUCCCGCAUCGCAUCCCAGGCUCCUCCCCACCAGCAGUUCCACGGCCACCCGCAGGGCGCGCCCCAGCAGCCGCGCUCUCCUCACAUGGCCAACGCCGUCCCCAUGCAGCCCAUGCAGCCCAUGGGAGGCCCGUGGCAGCACCAGCAGCCCAUGGCAUACGCACCGCCCCAGUACGGCUACCACCCGGGCUACGGCUACUCGCCCGUCCCCCAGCACUGGGCCGGACAGCAGCCCGGCUACGAGAUGCCAGGCACGCCGCGCUCGCCGCGCCACGCCAACCUCGGCGCUUCGCCCAUGGGCCCCAACGGCCUUCCCGGCACGCCCUCCAUGGCUCCCUCCACGCCGCUCUCGGCGCGCGGCGCCAACGUGCCCCCUUCGCCCUCCACCGCUCACAGCAACGUCAGCUCGCCCGCCCACCAGCCCAUGACGCUCGGUCAGCAGCAGGCCAGCCGUCCGCCCACCUUCAGCCCCGCCGCCAGCUACCACUCGCCCUCGCACUCGUUCAGCAACCCCAUGAGCCCCGCCGCUCGUCAGUUUGAGCCUACGCAGAAGAGGCAGAGCGCCGCCAUCCGCAUCGUCAACCCCGAGACCCAGGCCGCUGUCGAUCUGCAGAGCAUCCAGAAGACGCCUGCCGCCUCGCAGAAGUCGACCGCACCUGCAUCGGCGACCAGCUCGCCCAGCAUCUCGAGGGCCUCGCCCGCCAUCGUCCAGCCCGCCCAGAGCAAGCCCAUUCGCAUGGAGACCCCAGAGGCCUUCAUGGCGCGCGUCCAGGCUAGCAAGGAGGAGGCUGCCCGUAAGAAGGCCGAGCAGGAGAGCGGUUCCAAGGACGCCGCCGCUGCCGCGGAUAAGAAGCAGGACGAUGACGACAAGCAGGCCAAGGAGGCUGCCGACGCCAAGAAGAAGGCCGACGACGACGCUGCUGCCGCCAAGGAGGCUGCUGCCAAGCGCGAGGCCGAAGAGAAGGCCGCCGCUGAGCGCAAGGCUGCCGAGGAAGCUGAGGCCAAGGCCAAGGCUGAAGCCGAGCAGAAGGAGCGCGAGGCAAAGGAGAAGGCCGACGCAGAGGCCAAGGCCAAGGCUGAGGCCGAGGCCGAGGCUCAGCGCAAGGCCGAAGAGGCCAAGAAGGCCGAGGAGGCCGAGGAGGAGGCGGCCAAGUCCAAGGCGGACGCCGCUGCCGAGACCAAGACCGCUGCCGAUGAGUCCAAGCCCAAGCCGGCGCCCAUCGACACCGAGAAGGCCGCUCGCAGCUCCGUCGCCGACGUCGAGCGCAUGGCUCGUGAAGCCUCCUCGGUGCCUCCCUCCAGCCAGGAUGCGCCCAAGACCCCCGGCCUUCCUCAGACGCCUCGCACGCCCGGCACGCCCGGCUUCGCCGGUCUGCCCGCCAAGCCUCUCAGCACCAUCGGCUCUGCCGCCGCCUCCAACGGCAACGGCAUCAAGCUCGACGGCGAGGCUCUUGAGAAGAAGAAGAAGACCGUCACCACCACCGACGCCGCUUCGUCGCCCUCGCAACCUUCCAACAAGGACAAGGAGGAGGGCUCCUCUUCCGGCGCCUCGGCCUCGCUCGUGGCUGCCAAGUUCAUCGACAGCUUCAGCAAGGUCAACUACCCCACCAACAUCAACUCGCCCAAGCCCGAGCUCAACCAGUCUGCCGAGCCAGGCAAGUUCCGCUACGACCGAGACUUCCUCAUGCAGUUCAUGGGCGUCUACACCGAGAAGCCCAUCGACCUGCCUCCGCUCGCCUCGAUCGGCAUGGAGAGUGGCGGCAUGGGCGCCGGCCGACUCAACCGUCGUGCCUCGGCCAUGGGCCCUCCCGCCGCUCCCGGCCGUGCCCAGGGUCUCGGCAUCAGCGGGUCCUCCGGCUUUGGCGGCAAGGGCGGCAUCGGCUCCUUCAGCCACCCUGCCAAGACGAGCGAGGAGCGCUUCGCCGCCGCCUCCGGUGCUCGUGCUUCGGGCAUGGGCGCUUUUGGCCCCAUGGGCUCGUUCAACGCCGGCGCCCGCUCGCAACCCCUUUCCCGCACCGGAAGCGGCAGCACUGCGCUGCCCUCGCGUGACAUGAUGGGCACCGGCAUCCCCAACGGUGGCCGCACCAAGAGCAACCGUGGCCGCCAGCGCGACCCCAACUCGAGCCGCGGUCCCCAGGUCAACCCUCCCGAGAAGGGCGGUCCCACCAUCCCUCUCGACCAGGUCGUGCCCCUCGCCAACUCGGAGAACCGAUGGAGCCGAGGUGCCAGCCAGGUCAAGGCGGACUCGCCCGAGAUGGUGCAGCGAAAGGUCAAGGGUCUGCUCAACAAGCUUACGCUCGAGAAGUUCGACUCGAUCUCCAACCAGAUCCUCGAGUGGGCCAACAAGUCGGUCUCCGAGGACGACGGACGCACGUUGCGACAGGUCAUUCAGCUCAUCUUCGAAAAGGCCACCGACGAGGCUGCCUGGUCCGAGAUGUACGCUCGUCUCUGCCGAAAGCUCAUGGAGGAGGUCAGCCCCGAGGUCAAGGACGAGAGCCUGCGCACCACCGAUGGCAAGCCCGUCGUUGGCGGCUCGCUCUUCCGCAAGUACCUGCUCAACCGCUGUCAGGAGGACUUCGAGCGUGGCUGGGCUCAGCGCGACACUGCCAUCGCCGCUGCCAAGUCCAAGGAGGCCGAGGACAAGGCCAAGAAGGACAGCAACGACAAGGCCGAGGCCGAGGCCAAGGCCGCCGAGGAGCGCGGCGAGAAGCCCUCGGACGCACCCAAGGAGGCCGAGCUGCUCUCCGACGAGUACUACGAGGCCCAGAAGGCCAAACGACGCGGUCUUGGUCUCGUUCGCUUCAUCGGUGAGCUGUUCAAGCUCAGCAUGUUGACGGAGCGUAUCAUGCACGUCUGCAUCAAGAAGCUGCUCGCCAACGCCACCGACCCCGAGGAGGAGGAGAUCGAGUCGCUCUGCAAGCUCAUGACCACCGUCGGCAAGCUGCUCGACUCGGAGAAGGCGCGCGGCCACAUGGACAUCUACUUCCAGCGCAUGAACGAGAUGUCCAAGAACGAGGUGUCGAUCAACUCGCGAAUGCGAUUCAUGCUCAAGGACGUCAUCGAGCUCCGCGAGUCGAGGUGGGUGCCGCGACACGACAACUCGGCGCCCAAGACCAUCGCCCAGAUCCACGCCGAUGCCGCGAGGCAGAAGCAGCAGCAGGACGCCGAGAACGCCAUGCGCGCUCGUGGCGGCCCGAUCUCGCGCGGUGGAUCCAAGCGUGGUCAGGCUCGCGACAACGGUCCCGACGGCUGGAGCACCGUCGGCGGUGUCGCUCCUCCCCCGCGUCCCGGCAAGGCCGGCGACCUGUCGCACUUUGGCAAGAUCGAGCGCGGCACUUCGGGACGCCCUCUCUCCUUUGGUCCUUCCACCAUGCUCGGCAGGAAGAACCAGGGCAAGGGCUCCGAGGACGGCAGCCAGCCUCCCACGCGCACCAGCUCGCAGACCAACAUGUUUUCGCUGCUCAACCAGGCUGGCGAGGGCGAUGCGGCGCCGAGCGAGGAGCCUCAGCGUCCCAAGCUCAACCUUGCACCGCGCACCAAGCCGCUUCCCGGCAACGAUGGCGACAAGGAGGGCGAGAACGACGGCGAAGAGGAUGCUGGCAAGGCCGCGGACAUGUCGGACGAGGAGGCCAAGCGCAAGAUCGCCAACGACAUCAAGGAGUUCCUCGAGAUCAAGGACGUCAACGAGGGUGUCGAGGCCUUCAACACACUGCCUGCGUCGCGACAGGCCGAGUUCGUGGACAAGAUCGUCGGCACGGCCAUCGAGAAGAAGAAGGAGGACGUGGCCAACGUGGCGGCGCUGUUCGCCAAGCUCAGCCAGGAUGGUCACCUGGACGAGGAGUCUGCCUUCAAGGGCUUCGAGCCGCACAUGGAGUUCCUGGACGACGCUUCCAUCGACAUUCCGGCCAUCUACUCGUUUGUGGCGGAUCUGCUGGUGGCGGCGAACGUGACGCAGGAGAAGAUCGAGGAGUUGGCCGGCAAGAUCGAGGGAGACGGCCUCAAAACCCCCAAGGACAAGCUCCUUGAAAAGGUUGCCGCUGCUCGGGAGUGA